AUGUUAAGCGAGUAUGCAGGAAUUAAGUUUGGCGAGGGUAAAAAACAGCGAAUUAUCACUAUCGCUCUGCUUGUUGUAGCUUUGAUCGUCCUCAUUGUUGGAAUCGUGUUGAUUGUAGUCGCCGCAACCAAAAAGGAUGAUAAAUCAACUUCGACUCCCUCAAAGCCCGGUUCCACUCCAACAGUCCCCGUCACGAAGGCACCUUCCAGUAGGUGCGAUUUUUCAGAAGAAGCUCAAAAUGCAGGUCUUCCUGAAUUUCUUAAUCGCGUUAAAUCAACCUACUUCAAGCUUCAUCCUUAUGAUGUUGUAUCCGAUCCAGACGUCACUCCGGAUCGAGUAAAAACAGAAUACGUCGCAUACGAUCCUACGCCGGCCGUGAUCAAAAACCGCUCGGACACCGCUCUGGCGUUGCUGAAAGAGAUUAGCGACAUGAACAUUAACACAAACAGGUUGAAGCCCCGAGAGAGGAAGGCGUUGGCACAAGUAAAGCAUUAUCUUCAACAUAUGUUCGGUCAGCCUUACGAUGUCAACUACUACGCCGGAGAUUGGAUGAUGGGCCCGAAUUUGUUCUGUUGGCAGGAAAUCUGUGCACAUGGUUACGGUGUCCACAAUGGAAUAGGACGGCAUCACAAGCCGUACAACGCCGAUGAUGUAAAACUAAUAGAAAGCAAGCUGAAAACUCACAAGGCAGGAUUUCUUCAGUAUAUUGCAAACAUGAAGAUGGGUGUUCGAAGGGGAAUGAUCCGAAGUACGGAAGAGUGCUUAGCAGGUCUCAACUCGAUCAAGAGGCGAUACUUGAAUACUUCUCGUUAUAAUGAGACAGGUGAGGUGGUUUACCCUUCUUUGAGUUGUCCAUUUAUGAUAUUCUUUGGUGCACAUUUUUAGACUUUACCUGAGAUUUCUUUGAUCGAUUCUUAUUCUGUUCAAUGACUUGAAAACUAUUUUCCUUUUCGCUUACGUCGCAGACGCUCUAAACCUUAAGUAGAGAGCAAAACAAAUGGUUUAGACGAGUGCGUGGGCCGGCUGCAACGCAGCCAUUUUCUUCUUUCUACUUUCUUGAGGUUAUCAGUUGGCAUGCAGCGCACAGGACCAUUUUCACAUUUUCAGGACCAUUUUCACCAGAUCAUUUUCACUGUCACGCAACAAAAAAAAUUAACCGUCCAGUGGAAGAAGCCAAGAAAAUGAGAUGUUAUAAAAGACUAAUUUAUAAACAAUUUGUCCCAGUCUAAGGUCUUUGUGGCCCAUAGUUUCUGAGUUAUUUGCUGAAACGUUUCACGCACCUUUCUAGAGCUUUGUAUGGAGACGCCAUAUUGGUGUACCGUUUUGGUCCCGCAAUAUGGCCGCCGGAAAUUAGCAAAAGCAUCUGAAGCUAACUUUUUCAAUAAAAGCUCUUUCUUUUCACUCGAGAACAAGCACACGUGAGCAUAAAUGAUAAUGGUAACACUGCUGAAAAUCAAGAGGAGAGACUUGUUUUCAACGAGACAGCAUUCCUAUUUUGGUGUCACGCACUGUGAAAACUCGGAAGUUCAAAUUGCUGUUACAAUAUAGAAUUAUUUACUAGCGAACCUUUGUUUCGUUCAUUUUGCUGUUUCUAAUAGGAGUAAUCUUUAUAAUUUUCCAAAGUGGUUUGAAAGCAACGCUGGAACUUUUGUCCGCCUUUGGGUUUUUGGUCGUUUUCUUCGUCUAUAACGUUGUAGUUGAAUGGUGAAGAACACUUGAUAGCAGCUAGAUUGGUCACUAUUGGUCCUUUUUUUUUUUUCGGAAAAGUGUUUCGGUUCACGGUUUGGGUAAAUGUUACAAAGGGAAAAAUUACUGUUUAGUUCAGGACUCAACUGGUUUUUAUCAUUUAGCCUGUUUACCGAAAACGGCCGCGAAAUCCUGAAGGUGGUAUCAAAGUUAAGAUGAGAUGGAUAUGAUUAUGGAAACUAAAUUUUUCGCUACUUUAGCCGAACAUUCCGAACGGGAAAACAGGACUGCUUUAAUUUUCAGCCCUUCUAUUUCUCGGCGAAAUUUUCCUCCGGAAUGAACUAAAAACCCGUGCUCCAUUGAAUAAAUCAGUCCCAGUUAAUUAAUCCUCCAUCUGUGUCCUCAAUAUCAACAUCUUAGCUCUUCGAGAAGUUCCCCUUACCGCCAGCAGCAAUUGCUCGGCGAGGUGUUUUGCGGUUUCUUUUGACCAUUCACUAUUGGAGGCGAAACCUUUCGCUCCUGUUUUUGGAAACAGUAGAUGUAUUUGUUAUUUAGUCGAACCUCCAUUUGCAACCACCUCCCAUAACGGACCACCGAUCCAACACUCCCAAGAUUUUUCCGGGUCAAAGCCUCAUGAUUGAACUGGCUCUCGUAAAUGACCACCUCUCGUAGGCGACCGCGAUCACUUUUUCUCGACUUCUUGGGGUGACGCUUUUAUAAUUUCCGUCGUUUUUAACCUCCUGUAAGCGACCACUUAAUUAACAUGUAGUCUCAUCUCUAUGAAUAUUGCAUCUAGUAUCCACUACGCCUAGUCCCGCUAAACUCAAAGUGUAUGGAGAACGUUUAGUAACAGUACGGAACUACACAUAUCGCAACAUGGAAAUUGCAUGCAUAAAAUUCUCUUCCAGAAAGACCAUGUGCCCGAGCAUCUUCUCGGAAGAGACUUCCUGUGGUCUCUUAAACGACCUUUAAAUCCUUGCAGUUUGGGUUCUGGUUGGCUACUAAAGCAGGCAUUCAGCCUCGUCCCCAGGCCUAUCCCACAGAGAAGUCCUGCGCCUAUCUCGCUCACUUGGGAUUGAACUCCAACAAGAAACAAGAUAUUUUGGCUGUAUGAUGAAUCCUUUUAUUCGACCAAGCUUGUUCGUUUAAAAUGGCUGGCUAUUGGCCUCGUUCGUUUCUUUUUUGUUAUAUGGUGUUUGUAUUGACACCGACUUCUGCACUCGGUCCACAAAAACGCAACAACAGAACGUCGCGCUUGGUCAACAACGCAUAUCAAGAGAGGACCCUUGCGCGUAUGUAUUACCAAUUGGCUGUUGAAAACAAAAAGUUCCUUUUUUUAUCCCUUUUUUACGUGAACAUCAGAAGAAUCAAGCACAUGUUAGAGAGAUGUUUCGCUUCUUUUGCCCGCUGUUGGAAGUGAAACUUUUGCUUCUUUUACGGGAACAUAAGAUGUACAUUAUUCCGUCCAGGCGUGGAAGCGAUAUCUUUCACUGGCCAAGUUUUGCUUUUGUUUUUAGUGCGUUUUCAUAAAAAUAUGAACACGCACAGAAGAGAAUAAGGCAAAUACUCGGUCAUGUCGGUCGGUAAAGGAUAUUUUACGACUAACACAAGCCUUGGCCGGGUUGUGCAAAGUGGGGUUAAGAUAACCCAGCGUUAGUGCGAAAUUUGAAUUCAGAUAUAAAACCUUGAGUAGAAGAAGGAAAAUAAUCCGACAAAAUGCUUUUAAACAAAACAAAAAGAAACCCGAUCAAGUUAGCGCUAAUUAGCCUUCGAACUUUUCAGCCUUUCUUUAAAGCUAAGUUGCGUCUUUACCUGCGAUGAUCUUCUUUGCAUUUACCCCGGUAUUAGAAUUUUUUAUCUUUUGCGGGACAAACUGGGCGAGCCCCGAGAGCAAAACAGACAAGUCUGACCAUCUCGGGUAGCUUAUCAGAGCAGAGGAUUCGCUUUACAUCCUCUACCAUUGCGGGAUAGGAAGUGCGAUAUUUGCUUCUUGUCACCAUUACCCCGCGAGCAGAGGUUUCUUUCCGGCAUGGCUUUUAGCAUUCACAGUCGCGUUUUUACGUAAACAUUAACCAAAUACGCGACUGACAGCGAGGCAAAUGACUUCGGAAAUGCUGUAAGCCAAGCCGCAAAGAAAGCUCUGCUCGCAGGGCACGUCACCAUUAGUAAGGAACUGUGUCAAUUCAAUUCCACUCUCACAAUAACGGAACGCAGGGUCCGCUUCAAAAAUCGAACCAUGUUCGAAGGAAUUAUUUCAGUACCAUAUUUCACUGAACGCUGAUUGCACGAGGGCCGGACAGUGCGGCACGACCAGACUAUUUUGAGACUCUGCAUGGUAUAAGUGUAAUAUCACAGGUAGCCCAUGCUCGAAAUAUGAGCAUCGGCGAGCAUCAGCAUUGUCGCGUAACAUUCAAAAUAUAAGGAUUUGUAUGGGGAAAAAACCUGUGGUGCAAGUGUCCGCUUUACAGAGGUGUCCGUAUUAUAGAGGUAGGGAAUGUAUGAUUUUUGGCAUUUCUGGGACCAAACGAACUGUCCGUCUUGUAGAAGGGUCCAUAAGAAGAGGUUACACUGAAUAAUUAUUAAUAUGUUAAUUUAAUCAUUUCAAGGAAAAAAUUUUGAAUUUUGUCAAUUCUAAAAGGAUUAUUUAAUAGUCCAUUUCCGAGUUCCCCCGGGCCUCUGUUUCAAAACGAGGGUAGGUGCUCAGCCUUUGAUGUGGGAAUCAUUUUUCAUUCUCGCAAACAAAACUCAUUUUCACAAGAAAGGUUGCGCAUCUAGCCUCAUUUUGAAAGUGAGGGUAUUUGGAACUCGGAAGUGGCCUAUUGAAAUGGAAAAGUUACAGUUUUGGAUAUAGAAAAUAGGAAUACAUUGAAAGGAGUCUCUUUUUUAUUGUGAAAAUAUUUAAUAUACAUAUGUACGUAUUAUAUGAAAAUGGAGAGAGAAUUAUUUUGAUAAAAACUCAAGAGAGAAUGAUCUACUUGAAAAACUUUAAUACCAAAAAGGCACCUAAAUAUGACUGUGCUUGACUUGUGUGUCAGCGAAUAUGGGUCGUUGUGGAUGCAUGAAACGGUCCAGGGUUGUCUCACAAACGUCCACUUGUUUAUAUACCGGAAUAUAUAUAUAUAUAUAUAUAUAUAUAUAUCGCGUUACCGAAACGCGAGUAUAAGGGAUGCGUUUAAGCGUACCCGCAGAAACUGAAACAGAAACGUAUACACGCAUACAUUUUAAGUAACGUAAGCUGUUUUUUAUUGAAAUCCUUUCAUUUUCGUAGGUUACAGAAACGAUAGGUUUUUUUUUCCCAUACAAAUCCUUAUAUUUUGAAUGUUACGCAACAAUGCCGAUGCUCGCCGCUGCCCAUAUUUCGAGCUUGGGCUACCUGUGGUAAUAUAUGCACUAAAUUGUCGUUCACGGAAGAGAAGCUUUGGUGGGAAUUUUUUCUAGAUCUUACAUAAACAUCAACUUGAUUUACAUCAAAUCGUACAACGCAUAGAUUGAUCCCAACCGAUCUGCAGAUUUUGCUUUUGUUAUUUGACAGUCAUGGAGUUCUCAAGAAGCACGGAAUUUGUUAUUAGCGAGGAUUCAGACACUAAGUCCGGCCGGAGUAGAAAAGAGAGAAUUAUCACUAUCGCUCUGUUAGUCGUGGCUUCGAUCGUAUUAAUUGUAGGAGUCGUGUUGAUUGCAGUCGCGUCAACCAAAAAUAAUGCAAAAUCCGCUUCGACUUCAACAACCAUGGAACCUCAACAAAACAGCGUUCCUACAAAGGAAAGUGGAAGUAGUAGUACAGUCAGUACAAAGUCCGGUUCCACUCCAACGGUCGCCACCACGAAAUCAGCUCUCCAUACGUGUGCCUUUUCGGAAGAAGCUCAAAAUGUAGGUCUUGGUGAGAUUCUUGGUCGCGUUAAAUCAACUUACUUUAAACUCCAUCCCUAUGAUGUUGUGUACGAUCCAGAUGCCACUGCGGAUCGAAUUAAAAGAGAAUACGUCGCCUACGAUCCUACGCCGUCCAUGAUCAAAAAUAGAACGGACACCGCCCAAGCGUUGCUGAAAGAGAUAAGCGACAAAAGCAUCAAGACACACCUGCUGAAGCUUCGAGAGAGAAAGGCGUUGGCACAAGUAAAGCACUUUCUUCAGCAUGUGUUCGGCCAGCCCUACGAUGUCAACUACUAUGCCGGAGAUUGGAUGAUGGGCCCGAAUUUAUUCUGCUGGCAGCCAAUCUGUGAACACGGGUACGGCGUCUACAAUGGAAUAGGACGGCAUCACAAACCGUACAACGCCGAUGAUGUGAAACUUAUUGAAAGCAAGCCGAAAACUCACAAGGCAGGAUUUCUGUAG